CUAACUUCAAACAAUUCCAACCGCAUCCAACUUCACUUCUUUUACCCAAACCUGACGUAAGCGAUGGCAGACGACAAAAAACCGAAAGUAGAGAAAAAGGGCAAAGCCCCCGCUGGUGAACAAUCUACGUUGAAAAAGAGGCCGUUGAAACGACACGGAAGGUUAUACGCGAAGGCGAUUUUUACUGGGUACAAACGUGGGCUUCGUAAUCAACACGAAAAUACGGCCCUUUUGAAGAUUGAAGCCUGCGAGAAAAAGACCGACAGUUGGUUUUAUGUUGGAAAGAAGUGCGUGUACGUUUAUAAAGCGAAAAACAAGACUUGUAUUCCUGGUAAACCAAAAAGUAAGAAAAGUAAGGUUAGGGCUAUUUGGGGCAAAGUAACCAGACCCCAUGGAUGCACAGGGGCCGUUAGGGCGAAAUUUAAGAGAAAUUUGCCUGCUAAAGCUAUGGGACAUCGUAUUAGAAUUAUGAUGUAUCCCUCAUCGAUUUAAAAAAAA